CACCGGAUGUUUUCUGUGGAGGAGGUGAAAGUUCGUCAUGGUUUCUCACUAUCAGGUGACGGUGAAGCUCAGUAAUGUUGUUUGCUAACCAAGGCUUGGCUGGGAAGUAAGACGCCAUAGAAUAAAUAAGUUGGCGAUGGAGGACUGCGGCUCUAUUGGACUGGAGUUCGCUUAUGGAGGAGAAGCUGAAUGUGACAUGCUGGAUGAUGACCCCGACAACCCAGUGGCACCCGACGAGGUAAUGCACUUCAGUGAUGAUUACUGUACGGAUGUCAAACCCAGGAUCCUGCUAAUGGGACUGAGAAGAAGUGGAAAAUCUUCCAUCCAGAAAGUUGUCUUCCACAAAAUGUCACCUAAUGAGACCCUCUUCCUGGAAAGUACCAACAAAAUUUGUCGGGAUGAUAUCGCCAACAGCUCUUUUGUUAAUUUUCAGAUCUGGGAUUUUCCUGGGCAGAUUGAUUUUUUUGAUCCAACAUUUGACUAUGAGAUGAUCUUCAGAGGGACUGGGGCCUUGAUAUUUGUGAUUGAUGCUCAGGAUGAUUACAUGGAGGCUUUGGCCAGACUGCAUCUCACGGUUUCCAGGGCAUUCAAAGUAAAUAAGGAAAUCAAUUUUGAAGUUUUCAUCCAUAAAGUAGAUGGUUUAUCUGAUGAUCACAAGAUAGAAACACAAAGAGAUAUUCACCAACGAGCAAAUGAUGAUCUUGCAGAUGCUGGCUUGGAAAAAAUUCACCUCAGUUUCUAUUUGACGAGUAUUUAUGACCAUUCAAUAUUUGAAGCAUUUAGUAAAGUGGUGCAGAAACUGAUUCCUCAGCUUCCGACUUUAGAGAAUCUUCUAAACAUCUUCAUUUCAAAUUCAGGAAUUGAAAAAGCCUUCCUCUUUGAUGUAGUCAGCAAAAUCUACAUUGCAACAGACAGUAUACCAGUCGACAUGCAGACUUAUGAACUCUGCUGUGACAUGAUAGAUGUUGUAUUUGACAUAUCCUGCAUAUACGGACUUCGAGAAUUUGGUGGAGGAAGUACAUAUGACAAAGAAUCCGUAGCAAUCAUUAAACUGAAUAAUACAACAGUUUUGUAUCUAAAAGAGGUGACAAAAUUCCUUGGCCUUGUUUGCUUUCUUAGAGAAGAAAGUUUUGAGCGGAAAGGUUUGAUAGACUACAAUUUUCAUUGUUUCCGCAAAGCAAUUCAUGAGAUUUUUGAAGUUCGUACAACUAUGCUAAGGUGCCAUAAACAGUACAGAGGACUGCAACGAAGCAAACUGGGAACUCCCAAUGGCAUCCUUGGACUUCAGUCGUAAUGGCUGCCAUGCUCACAGUGUUUCUGUCAGCAUAUUCAGUAAUGCUAAGUAGAUAUACUGUGAAAAUAAUGCACUGAUAGCAUGAAGAUAAUGCUCAGGAUACUAAUGCCGAUAAAGAAAUAGCUCUUAAGCAAGCACUUUGUAAAAUGUAUAUUUUUCUUAAGCAGAUGCUGAAAAUCAGUAUUAUCAUAUAUAACUUCUAUGUAUUACAAAUCCCUUUGUAGCAGUUUGUAGCAGUUCAGUUCAAAAUAAAUUAAAUCUACUUUAA